AUGUCGUCUACAAAUGCUGUACGUCUAAAUGGGUCUGCAAGAAAAUCAUCCUCCGCCGGGCCCACUUCAUCGCGACCGUUAUUCCCGCCUCCGCCUCCCUUAUCACUCGCUCUUUAUCCGCUGACUCUUCUAUUGGGCUCUUUGUUCUCGUUAAUAUCCCCAACCGCAAGACCCCCUGCCAACACAUCCUCAUCACCGGGCGUCACGCCAAAUUCGGAUACAAGCCCCGUCAAUUACUUCGCGCGCAAGGGGAAUAUCUUCAAUGUAUAUUUCGUUAAGGUUGGCUGGCUUUGGACUACGCUGGGCCUUCUUAUCUCUGCUCUUAACGCAACCUGCAUUUAA